CAUCCUCACACUCAGCAUCCGCCCAAAAUGUUGCGACAGGCAAAACCCAAGAAUGCCCGCGCCAAGCGUGCCCUAGAUAAACGGGCUCCCCAGGAGCAUGAAAACCCUAAGAUGACCUUGUUCGUCCCUGGAAACAAGACAACAAACAUUUCGAAGCUUGCCGUCAAGGACCUAGCCGUCUUGAAGAAGCCAUUGUGUAUGAAGUUCACCCAGAAGAACGAGAUCCACCCGUUUGAAGAUCCCUCAUCACUCGAAUUUUUUGCCAACAAGAAUGACACCUCAAUCCUCGUCCUCAGCCUCCAUUCGAAGAAGCGUCCGCAUUGCCUCACCUUUGUCCGUACUUUUGAUUACAGAAUUCUUGACAUGCUGGAGCUUUAUAUCGUCCCUGAGACUUUCCGAGAGAUGCAGCAGUUUAAGAACAAAAAAGCUGCCGAAGGACUGAAGCCCAUGAUUGCAUUCCAUGGGGCGGUUUUCGAGAACCCAAACGAGACGAAAUACACUCUCGCAAAGUCUCUCCUUCUUGAUUUCUUUAGGGGACAGGAAGCCACCGGUGUCGAUGUAGAAGGGUUGCAAUACUUAAUAUCCGUUUCUGCAGAAGAGGAGGAUGCGAGCCGGCCGGCGCCGCAGAUCCACAUUCGAGUGUACCGAAUCCUCACAAAGCGAAGUGGACAGAAGUUGCCGAGGAUAGAAGUCGAGGAGACUGGGCCGAGGAUAGACUUUCGUCUUGGAAGGGAGAGGUUCGCCGAGCCCAACAUGAUGAAGGACGCUUUGAGGAAGCCCAAGGGCACUGAGCCGAAGACGAAGAAGAAUAUUGACACUGACAUCAUGGGUGACAAGGUUGGUAAGAUUCAUGUCGGGAAGCAGGACUUUAGUGCUCUCCAGACAAGGAAAAUGAAGGGUCUCAAGCGUGGAAGGGGCGCGUCUGACGAUGAGGAGGGGACGGUGGUUGAUGACUUGCAGGGGCACCCUUCCGUCGAAGAGCCACCAACACCAAAAAAAGGGCGAUACUGAACGAUUCACAAUUGCAUGGAUGGCGUUAGGAGGCAAUCGCCAGGUGGGUAUGGCGUUCUGAGAACCAUCCUAAUACGAAAAAUCGAGUGCAAACGUACUUUUAUUUGCGUAUCCCGCCUUUCUAUAAAGGGUAUCAAAAUGGCGCAUGCGCAUGCUC